AGGUUCCACCAAAAUAUGGAACUUGAUUUUGGACAUUUUGAUGAAAGAGAUAAGACAUCCAGGAACAUGAGAGGCUCACGGAUGAAUGGGCUGCCUAGCCCCACUCACAGCGCCCAUUGUAGCUUCUACCGAACCCGAACCUUGCAGGCACUGAGCAACGAGAAGAAAGCCAAGAAGGUACGUUUCUACCGCAAUGGGGACCGCUACUUCAAGGGGAUUGUGUACGCUGUGUCCUCUGACCGUUUUCGCAGCUUCGACGCCUUGCUGGCUGACCUGACACGAUCUCUGUCUGACAACAUCAACCUGCCUCAGGGAGUGCGUUACAUUUACACCAUUGAUGGAUCCAGGAAAAUCGGAAGCAUGGAUGAACUGGAAGAAGGGGAAAGCUAUGUUUGCUCCUCAGACAACUUCUUUAAAAAGGUGGAGUACACCAAGAAUGUCAAUCCCAACUGGUCUGUCAAUGUGAAGACAUCUGCUAAUAUGAAAGCCCCGCAGUCCCUGGCUAGCAGCAACAGUGCCCAGGCCAGAGAGAAUAAGGACUUUGUGCGCCCCAAGCUGGUGACCAUCAUCCGCAGUGGGGUGAAGCCUCGGAAGGCUGUGCGUGUACUUCUGAACAAGAAGACAGCCCACUCUUUUGAGCAAGUCCUCACUGAUAUCACUGAAGCCAUCAAACUAGAGACCGGGGUUGUCAAAAAACUCUACACUCUGGAUGGAAAACAGGUAACCUGUCUCCAUGAUUUCUUUGGUGACGACGAUGUGUUUAUUGCCUGUGGUCCUGAAAAAUUUCGUUAUGCUCAGGAUGACUUUUCUCUGGAUGAAAAUGAAUGCCGAGUCAUGAAGGGAAACCCAUCAGCCACAGCUGGCCCAAAGGCAUCCCCAACACCUCAGAAGAGUUCAGCCAAGAGCCCUGGCCCCAUGCGCCGGAGCAAGUCUCCAGCUGACUCAGGUAACGACCAAGACGCAAACGGAACCUCCAGCAGCCAGCUCUCUACCCCCAAGUCUAAGCAGUCUCCCAUCUCUACGCCCACCAGUCCUGGCAGCCUCCGGAAGCACAAGGACCUGUACCUGCCUCUGUCCUUGGAUGACUCAGACUCACUUGGCGAUUCCAUGUGA